AUGGACAAGGUUGAAUCCUCAUCAAAGCAAAUUUCAAAGCAUGAUGAGGUUACAGUUGCAGAACAGCCAUCGAAUUCAACUUCAAACAAGAAGGAUACUAUUUCUUUCUUUGGGCUCUUUGCUGUAGCUGAUAAAAUAGACUAUUUUUUGAUGUUUGCUGGAAGCAUUGGAGCUUGUAUACAAGGCGCUGUGCUUCCGGUGUUCUUUGUAUUGUUUGGUCGUAUGAUUGAUUCUUUAGGAAAUUUGUCUUCAGAUCCACAGAGAUCGUCUUUUGAGGUGUCUAAGUAUGCUCUCUACUUACUUUAUCUUGGAUUAGUUAUUUGGCUAUCAGCAUGGACUGGAGUAGCAUGUUGGAUGCAAACUGGUGAAAGGCAAACAGCUCGAUUGCGAUUAAAGUAUCUCCAGUCAGUUUUGAGGAAGAAUAUUGACUUCUUUGACAUUGAAGCCGGGGACAAAAAUAUAAUUUAUCACAUUUCGAGUGAUGCCAUGCUCGUCCAGGAUGCAAUAGGUGACAAGAUAUCCCACAGCUUAUGUUAUCUUUCCCAGUUCUUAGUUGGAUUUGCCGUAGGGUUCACGAUGGUGUGGCAGCUUACACUUCUCACCUUGGCUAUUGUUCCUUUAAUAGCCAUCGCAGGAGGAACUUAUACAAUAAUCAUGUCUACCUUGUCUAAAAAGAGUGAAGCUGCCUACGCUGAAGCUGGGAAGGUAGCAGAAGAGGUUAUUUCACAUGUUCGUACUGUGUACUCAUUUGUUGGAGAGGAAAAUGCUGUUGAAGCAUACUCCAAGUCACUUGGCAAUGCCCUCAAACUGGCGAAGAAAACUGGGAUUGUGAAAGGGGUUGGCAUAGGCUUUACUUAUGGGCUUCUCUUCUGUGCUUGGGCAUUACUCCUUUGGUAUGCUAGUAUUCUUGUCAUGCAUGGGGACACCAGUGGUGGAGAAGCGUUCGUUACGAUUAUUAAUGUCAUCUAUAGUGGAUUUGCUCUUGGUCAGGCAGCUCCCAACCUUGCUGCCAUUGCUAAAGGUCGUGCUGCUGCUGCAAGUAUCCUAAGCAUGGUGAAAGAAGAUUUUAACACUUCUAAAGGUUUGGAGGGGGGGAUUGUGUUACCAAGAGUUGAGGGAAAUAUCAAUUUUUGCAAGGUCUGUUUUGCUUACCCUUCUCGACCCACUACGGUCUUUGAAGAUCUGACCUUCUCGGUAUGUGCUGGUAAAAAGUUCGCCGUUGUUGGCCCUAGUGGUUCAGGGAAAAGCACUAUUAUCUCCAUGAUUCAACGAUUUUACGAUCCCACUUCAGGAACUAUUCUGUUGGAUGGGCAUGAUCUGAGGAAGCUACAAUUAAAGUGGUUGAGAUCACAGAUUGGAUUGGUUAGUCAAGAGCCAGCAUUGUUCGCCAGAAGUAUAGCUGAGAAUAUCAUGUUUGGUAAAGAAGAUGCAAAUACGGACGAAGUAAUUGAUGCCGCUAAAGCUGCCAAUGCACAUUCUUUUGUUCAGCAUUUACCUGAUGGAUAUCAGACUCAGGUCGGAGAAGGGGGAACUCAGCUUUCUGGAGGUCAAAAGCAGAGAAUUGCUAUUGCAAGAGCAAUAUUGAGGGACCCGAAGAUACUACUUCUGGAUGAAGCAACCAGUGCUCUUGAUGCGGAAUCAGAACUCAUUGUUCAGCAGGCACUAAAUUCAGUCAUGUCAAACAGGUCAACAAUUAUUGUUGCUCAUAGAUUAUCUACUAUCCGGGAUGUUGAUACAAUAGUUGUUCUUAAAAAUGGUGUUGUCAUCGAAAAGGGGAAACACUCAGAACUGAUGAUUAAAGGUGGGGAGUAUGCAUCUCUGGUUAGCCUUCAAGUGUCAGAACACAACACAAAUCCUAAUUUGGAAAAUAAUAGUACGACAUUUGGACUUUCUAGUACUCAGAAACACAUGGAAACUGAAAACCAUCAGAAGUUUAAGGCAAUCAAUGGAGAGUUGCAACUGGGUAGUCAAAAUCUUGUGGUACCAAGCACUGUUUCGACGACAUCAGUAUGGGACAUAAUCAAACUAAAUGCACCUGAGUGGCCCUGUGCAGUUUUGGGGUCAUUAGGAGCAAUUCUGGCCGGAAUGGAGGCUCCUCUUUUUGCCCUUGCAAUUACACACAUAUUAACUGUAUUUUAUUCUCAUGACGAAUCUCAAAUCAAAAGGGAGGUCCGACAAGUUUCAUUCAUAUUUGUUGGAGUGGCUUUGGUGACUAUCUUUGUAUAUCUAUUGCAGCACUAUUUCUAUACCUUAAUGGGAGAGCGUCUCAUUGCACGAGUCCGCUUAUCAACGUUCUCAGCUAUCCUUUCCCAAGAGAUUGGCUGGUUUGACAAGGAUGAGAAUAGCACUGGAUCACUGGCAUCAAAGUUAGCAACUGAUGCCACAUUAGUACGAAGUGCAAUUGCCGAUCGUCUAUCGACAGUUGUACAGAAUAUUGCACUUGCAGCUACUGCAUUUGUGAUUGCUUUUGCACUAAGUUGGCGCAUUGCAUCAGUGGUGCUUUCUACCUUUCCUCUACUAAUUGGUGCUUUCAUAGCCGAGCAACUAUUUCUUAGAGGAUUUGGAGGUGAUUAUGCUAGGGCCUACUAUCGAGCUACUGAAGUGGCACGUGAAGCGAUUACUAACAUACGAACUGUUGCUGCCUUCGGUGCUGAAGAGCAGAUGUCAGUCCAAUUUGCAGCUGAAUUAGACCGACCAAAAAAGAAUGCUCUCUUACGAGGCCACAUAUCAGGUUUUGGUUUUGGCGUGUCACAGUUCUUUGCAUAUUCUUCAUAUGCUCUUGGUCUUUGGUAUGCAUCUGUACUCAUUAAGGAGAAAAAGUCAAACUUUGGUGAUGUAAUGAAGUCGUUCAUGGUUUUAGUCAUUACUGCGUUGGCCGUGGCAGAAACGCUUGCACUAGCACCUAACUUUGUAAAGGGAUCGCAAGCUCUUGCCUCAGUUUUCGAUAUUCUUCAAAGGAAAACAGCUAUAGACCCUGAUAAUCCCUCAUCAACAGUUGUCACUGAUCUCAAGGGAGAUAUUGAAUUCAGGAAUGUGAGUUUUAGGUACCCUAGAAGGCCUGAUAUUACCAUUUUCAAUGAGUUGAAUUUGAAAGUAUCAGCAGGGAAGAGUGUGGCUAUUGUAGGCCAAAGUGGUUCAGGAAAGAGUACUGUGAUUUCUCUGUUGUUGAGAUUUUACGAUUCAACAUCAGGUGCAAUUUUGAUAGAUGGAUUUGAUAUCAGGAGUUUGAAUCUAAAAGCGCUGCGAAUGAGAAUCAGUCUAGUGCAGCAGGAGCCAGUAUUGUUCUCUACAACGAUUUACGAGAAUAUCAAGUAUGGGAAUAAUGGUGCAUCAGAAAUCGAGAUAAUGAAGGCAGCCAAAGCAGCAAAUGCACACGGGUUCAUCAGUCGAAUGCCAGAAGGUUAUCAAACUCAGGCAGGUGAAAAUGGGGUGCAGUUAUCCGGUGGACAAAAGCAGAGGGUGGCAAUUGCGCGGGCAAUACUUAAAGAUCCAUCUAUUCUUCUUUUGGAUGAAGCAACAAGUGCUUUGGACUCUGAAUCAGAAAAGCAAGUUCAAGAAGCUCUGAAUAAGCUUAUGCAUGGAAGAACAACAAUUUUGAUAGCACAUAGGUUGUCUACAGUACAAGGUGCCGAUACUAUCACUGUCCUACAGCGUGGGGAGGUAGUCGAAAGUGGCAGCCACGAGCAGCUCAUUAGUAAUCCUGGAAGCAUCUAUUUUCAAUUGGUCAGUCUACAAUAUGAAAAGGGUGCAAAAACCUCAGAAUAA